AUGUCGAUACAUGCUCUUCCACAGACGGCAGUACGCACAAUCCGCUCUGGUCAGGCCCUGACAGAUCCAGCUUCUGUGGUCAAAGAACUUAUUGAUAAUGCUCUCGACGCGCGAGCAUCGAACAUCACUAUCGAGAUAUCGACCAAUACUCUCGAUGUGAUCCAAGUCAAGGAUAAUGGUCAUGGAAUUGCGCCUACAGACAGGCCACUUGUGGCAAAGCCUUAUUGCACCAGCAAACUCAAGGAUGAAAAAGAUCUUGCUCUUGUAGGUUCAUCCUAUCUUGGCUUCCGAGGUGAAGCCUUGAGCAGUGCAUUGGAGAUGAGUGGUGAGAUGAUCAUCACUACAAGGGUCGAGGGCGAAAGCAUUGCUACUGCCAUCAAAAUCUGUCAGACUGGCGAUCCAGCUCAAGAUCGUGCAACGCACCCCCCAGGAACCACAGUUCGCAUUGCCAACUUCCUCAAGAAUCAGCCUGUUCGCAAGCAAGUCGCCUUGAAAGCCGCACCCAAGACACUGUUGAGGAUCAGACAACUACUACAGUCGUAUGCCUUUGCCAGACCAUCCACUAGGUUGUCAUUGAAGGUUAUCAAGGCCAAGAAUGACAAGGAUAACUGGACUUAUGCACCCAAGAUUGGCAGUGGAAUCGAAGACACAGCUUUCAAAGUUGUGGGAAAGCCUUGUGCUUCUCAAUGCACCUGGGCAGAGUUGGAGCACGAGGGCUUCACCGUACAAGCCUUCCUUCCUCGCCCAGACGCUCAUGCUUCCAAGAUCAGCGGAAUGGGACAGUAUGUGUCGGUUAACGAUCGACCUCUCACUUCGUCCCGGGGCAUCUCCAGGCAACUCAUUCGAACAUUUAAGGAAAGCCUCAAAGAAUCAUCACCAUUAGAAGACGCGAAGGAUCCAUUUCUAUACUUGUCGCUCUCUUGUCCGCCAGGCAGUUACGACGUCAACAUCGAGCCAGCCAAAGAUGAUGUUCUGUUCGGUGAUGUCGACAAAGUCCUGGAAGCUGUCAGAAGACUGAUGCUGAUCUCGUAC